AUUGCCCCAGGGCCGAGGGUGGAGCCUUUCCCAGUCGGGAAAGGGCUGGGCCCAGCCUACAAGUGAGGGCAGGACAGAGUGACUGCCAGCGCUCCCUUGAGAAGUCUGGGUGUAGCACGCUGCCGGUUGAGUUCCCAGGAUCCUUCCGUGACCUGUGAGUCGAGGAUUACUCGGUACCCUAGCUUCCCAGAACCCAGUCCUGGAUUGCAGAUCUGUAAGGACGGUAAAAGAUUAAGCAAAGAUUUGUCUCUGGACUUAAGAUUUCGGGAACAGGACGUCCAGCCCAUCUCCGGAUCCCGGCUGGAUCCACACCUUCAGCGUCGUGCCCUGUCCCGGGUCCCCCGCGCCCGGCGCCCCGCGCUUGAGCGCCCCCGCAUGGCAGGGCCAUGUCCCGGGGCCGGGGUUCUAGAGCGGGCGGGCAGCUGCUGGCAGGACCCGCUGGCGGAGGCGCUGAGCCGGGGCCGCUCGUCUCCUGCGGUCGCGGGUCGGGGCUGCGCGCGGAGCCGGCCUCUCAGUGUGGUCUACGUGCUGACCCGGGAGUCCGGGGCCGGGGUGGAGCCAGGCUCGGGAACCGAGGCAGAGCCACUGCCGCUGCGAUGCCUGCGCGAGGCCUGCGCUCAGCUCCAGGGCACGCGGCCACCCCCGCAGCUGCGCAGCCUGCCCUUUGCGACGCUGGCGCUAGGCGACACCGCUGCGCUGGACUCCUUCUACAACGCGGAUGUCGUGGUGCUGGAGGUGAGCAGUUCCCUGGCCCAGCCCUCCCUGUUCUACCACCUCGGUGUGCGAGAGAGCUUCAGCAUGACCAACAACGUGCUCCUCUGCUCCCAGGCCGAGCUCCCUGACCUGCAGGCCCUUCGUGAGGAUGUUUUCCAGAAGAACUCGGAUUGUGUUGGCAGCUACACACUGAUUCCUUAUGUGGUGACAGCCACUGGACGGGUCUUAUGUGGCGAUGCAGGCCUCCUGAGGGGCAUAGCCGAUGGGCUAGUACAGGCUGGGGCGGGCACCGAGGCCCUCCUCACUCCCCUGGUGGGCCGGCUUGUCCGUCUGUUGGAGGCCACACCCACGGACUCUUGUGGCUAUUUCCGGGAGACCAUUCGUCAGGAUAUCCGGCAGGCUCGGGAGCGGUUCAGUGGACAGCAGCUGAGGCAGGAGCUGGCUCGCCUGCAGAGGAGGCUGGACAGCGUCGAGCUGUUGAGCCCUGACAUCAUCAUGAAUCUGCUGCUGUCAUACCGGGACGUCCAGGACUACUCGGCCAUCAUUGAGCUGGUGGAGACGCUGCAGGCUUUGCCCACCUGUGAUGUGGCGGAACAGCACAACGUCUGCUUUCACUACACCUUUGCCCUCAACAGGAGGAACAGGCCUGGGGACCGAGAGAAAGCCCUGGCUGUCCUGCUGCCACUGCUGAGGUACGAGGGUCGCGUGGCCCCGGAUCUGUACUGCAUGUGUGGUCGUAUCUACAAGGACAUGUUCUUCAGCUCUGGUUUCCAAAAUGCUGGGCACCUGGAGCAGGCCUAUCACUGGUACCGCAAGGCAUUUGAUGUGGAGCCCAGCCUACACUCAGGCAUCAACGCAGCGGUGCUGCUUAUUGCGGCCGGGCACCAUUUUGAAGACUCUAAGGAGCUCCGGCUGAUAGGCAUGAAGCUUGGCUGCCUGCUAGCCCGCAAAGGCUGCGUGGAGAAGAUGCAGUAUUACUGGGACGUGGGAUUCUACCUGGGAGCCCAGAUUCUUGCCAGCGACCCCAUCCGGGUGGCACUGGCUGCAGAACAACUGUACAAGCUCAACGCCCCCAUAUGGUACUUGGUGUCAGUGAUGGAGACCUUCUUACUGUACCAGCACUUCAGACCCACACCAGAACCCUCAGGAGGACCCCUGCUGCGAGCUCACUUCUGGCUCCACUUCCUGCUCCAAUCCUGUCAGCCUUUGAAGAAGGCCUCUCCUCAGGAGGACCAGUGCCUGGUGCUGGUGCUGGAGAUAAACAAGGUCCUACUGCCUGCCAGGCUUGAGAUUGAGGGUACCGACCCCAUGAGUGCAGUGACCCUAAGCUUGCUGGAGCCAGAGACUCAGGAGGAUCCUUCCAGCUGGACCUUCCCGGUCACCUCCAUCUGUGGGAUCAGCGCCUCCAAGCUGGACCAACGCUGCUGCUUCCUCUACGCCCUUCCUCCGGCCCAGGACGUCCAGUUGUGCUUCCCCAGUGUAGAGCGCUGCCAAUGGUUCUGUGGCCUAAUUCAGGUCCUGGUGAUGAAUCCAGAUUCCUCCGGUCCCACUGAGGAGGCGGAAGGCACAAGGGAGGUGCUGGAGUUUGAUUAUGAAUACUCGGAGACCGGUGAGCGGCUGGUGCUGGGCAGAGGCACGUAUGGGGUGGUGUAUGCUGGUCGUGACAGGCACACGAGGGUACGAAUCGCCAUCAAGGAGAUCCCAGAGAGAGAUAGCAGAUUCUCUCAGCCUCUGCACGAAGAGAUUGCUCUUCACAAACGACUUCGUCACAAGAAUAUAGUGCGCUAUCUGGGCUCAGCCAGUCAGGGCGGCUACCUCAAGAUCUUCAUGGAAGAAGUGCCCGGAGGCAGCCUGUCCUCCUUGCUUAGGUCAGUGUGGGGACCCCUAAAGGACAACGAGAGUACUAUUAGCUUCUACACACGUCAGAUCCUGCAAGGACUCAGCUACCUCCAUGACAACCGCAUCGUUCACCGAGACAUCAAGGGCGACAACGUACUGAUCAACACCUUCAGCGGGCUGCUUAAGAUUUCUGACUUUGGCACCUCCAAGCGGUUGGCAGGCAUCACGCCGUGCACAGAGACUUUCACAGGGACUCUGCAGUAUAUGGCCCCAGAAAUCAUCGACCAGGGUCCACGAGGGUAUGGGAAGGCAGCUGACAUCUGGUCUCUGGGCUGCACUGUAAUCGAGAUGGCCACAGGUCGACCGCCCUUCCAUGAACUAGGGAGCCCGCAGGCUGCUAUGUUUCAGGUGGGCAUGUACAAGGUACAUCCACCAGUGCCCAGUUCCCUGUCAGCUGAGGCCCAAGCCUUCCUCCUCCGAACUUUUGAGCCAGAUCCCCGCCUCCGAGCCAGUGCCCAAGAGCUGCUGGGAGACCCCUUCCUUCAGCCGGGGAAGAGGAGCCGCAGCCCUGGCUCUCCACGGCAUACUCCCCGGCCCUCAGGCGCCCCGUCCAGUGCUGCCAGGCCUUCAGCUGACUCAGCCACACAGUCUCAGACAUUUCCAAGGCCCCAGGAACCCUCUCAGCACCCACCCAGCCCCCCAAAGCGCUGCCUUAGUUAUGGGGACACCAGUCAGCUCCGUGUGCCCGAGGAGCCCGCUGCCGAGGAACCCGCGUCCCCAGAAGAGACUUCAGGCCUCAGUCUGCUGCACCAGGAGAGCAAGCGCCGGGCCAUGCUGGCUGCGGUGCUGGAACAGGAGGUGCCCACGCUAGCACAGACUCUCCUGGAACAGGAACAGGAUUCUCGACUCAGCAGGAAUCACGUGGAACUUCUGCUCCGGUGCCUCGGGGCGCAAAUCCACACCCCUAACCGCCGGCAGCUGGCCCAGGAGCUGCGUGCCCUGCAAACUCAGCUGCGGUCCCAGAGCCUGAGCCCUGCGCUUUUGAAGGGGCCGCUCUUCGCCUUUCCAGACGCGGUGAAGCAGAUCCUCCGCAGACGCCAGAUCCGCCCACACUGGAUGUUCGUGUUGGACUCGCUGCUCAGCCGUGCAGUCCGGGCGGCGCUGACAGUGCUGGACGCGGAGGCGGAGAAGAAAGCGGCCUCGCCGAGGUCAGAGGAGAGGAGUAAAGGGGAGUCCCAGGAGAAACCGCAGGAGAGCCAGGCGCUGCAGAGCCAGCCCCCACCAGAGCAGGGACCCCCAUCGCUGAUGGUGCAGCUGGGCCUUCUGCGAGCCGAGACUGACAGGCUUCGGGACAUUUUGGCCGAGAAGGAACGUGAGUGCCAGGCCCUGGUACAACAGGCCCUGCAUCGGGUGCAGGCAGAGACCGGGACGUAUGCCCUGGCUUCAGAGACCCCAGCCUCUCUCCCAAAGGACCAGAACCUGGUGCAGUGGCUCCAGGAACUGAGUGUAGACCCAGCUACUAUCCAAACGCUCCUGAGCCAUAGCUUCACCCUUCAGACCCUGCUCACCUGUGCCACUCAAGAUGAUCUAGUCUACACUAGAAUCAGGGGGGGGAUGGUAUGCCGCAUCUGGAGAGCCAUCUUGGCACAGCGAGCAGGAGCCACAUCAGUCACCCCUGGACCUCGGGACACUGAGUGAUGACAUCAAAGGACACAGACACGGAUGGAUGAACAGAGAAGACACAAUCAGCUUUUGACACACCUGUCCUAGAACCUAGGAGCACCCGCAGGGACCAGGGGCAACCCCAGUGGGUGGAGCUAACUUUUGGGUGGAUGCACCCAGAGGACGGUCACUACAUGCAAUCACAGACUAUUAAACACACCACUUGCUACCAUCA